CAGUCAGCCCGCACCGACCUGUCAGCCCGCACCGACCUGUCAGCCCGCACCGACCAGUCAGACCGCACCGACCUGUCAGUCCGCACCGGCACCGACCUGUCAGCCCGCACCGACCAGUCAGACCGCACCGACCUGUCAGUCCGCACCGGCACCGGCCAGUCAGCCCGCACCGACCUGUCAGUCCGCACCGACCUGUCAGUCCGCACCGACCUGUCAGUCCGCACCGACCUGUCAGCCCGCACCGACCUGUCAGCCCGCACCGACCUGUCAGUCCGCACCGGCACCGACCUGUCAGCCCGCACCGACCUGUCAGUCCGCACCGACCUGUCAGCCCGCACCGACCUGUCAGCCCGCACCGACCUGUCAGUCCGCACCGACCUGUCAGUCCGCACCGACCUGUCAGCCCGCACCGACCUGUCAGCCCGCACCGACCUGUCAGCCCGCACCGGCACCGGCAUGUCAGUCCGCACCGGCAUGUCAGUCCGCAGUGUGUCCGCACACCUGCUGUGCGCGCUGCUGGUGUGGUGGAGUCCCGGGGGAGCCUUUGCAGCACACAGAGAUAAUAACCCAAUUGUUGUGACAAAGUACGGCCAAUUGGAGGGAAAGCAGGUGACGGUGAAAGGAAUGGACAGUCCAGUCUAUCAGUAUUUAUAUAUUCCCUUUGCAAAGCCACCAGUUGGAUCCUUGAGGUUCGCUCCACCCCAACCUCCAGAAGCAUGGACCGGAAUAAGGAAUUCAACCAAGAACCCUCCACUGUGUCUACAAAGUCUACAAAUUAGUGAAAUUCUUGCUGAAAUGAUGCAAAUACAAUUUCCUCCCCUAACAAUCAGUGAAGACUGUCUGUAUCUAAACAUAAUGACACCGAUUGGGCCAGGGGAAAGGAUCAGAAAGCUGCCUGUUAUGGUGUUCAUCCAUGGGGGUGGAUUUUCAAUUGGAGGAGCUUCCAUCUAUGAUGGCUCUGCCCUCGCAGCCUAUGGAGAUGUAGUGGUCGUGACAAUCCAGUACAGAUUGGGAAUACUUGGGUUUCUCAGUACUGGAGAUGAGCACAUGCCUGGAAACUGGGGUUUGCUGGAUCAAGUGGAGGCCCUUCAAUGGGUUAAAGGGAACAUAGAUGUCUUUGGAGGUGACCCAGGUUCUGUCACAAUAUUUGGAGAAUCUGCUGGAGCAAUGAGUGUUUCAAUGCAUAUUGUUUCUCCCUUGUCCUCUGGCUUGUUCCAUAAGGCAAUAUCACAAAGUGGAAGUACUGUGAUGGAACAGUUUUUAAUACAAGAUUCCAAAUCCAUUACGUUGGAGAUUGCCAACUUGUCUGAUUGUAAUACAGACAAUUCUCAAGAGAUUCUUACAUGCUUUCGAGAAAUAUCCGUGGACAAAUUAAUAAACCUCACAGACUUGAUGAUAAGUAAAAAAUGGCACGUUGCUCCAUCAGUGGAUGGUGUAUUUAUUCCUAAACACCCUGUAGAACUGUUUGCAGCAAAACCAGUCAAUGCUGUUCCAUAUCUAUUAGGAGUCAACAAUCAUGAAUUUGGCUGGGUGCUUCCAACGAUGUUCAACCUAUCAGGCUGGGAGGAAGGAAUAGACCGGGAGGUGCUCUUGCCUUUCCUCAAAAGCCUUCUAUCGUCGAUUUUUCAAAAUGAGUUCUUGGAGCUAACAAUAAAUGAAUAUAUGGGAGACAUAGAAGACAGAGUCAAGGUCCGGGACCUGUACCAAGAAUUAAUGGGUGAUUUCAUGAUGGUGUUCCCGACUAUCCGAACUGCCAAAUUGCACAGAGAUGCUGGAAACUCUGUGUUCCUGUAUGAAUUUCAGCAUCGCCCAACUAUUUAUGGAACCAGCCGGCCAGAUUUUGUGAAGUCUGAUCAUGGAGAUGACAUUAUAUUUGUUUUUGGUGCUCACUUCGGGAAUUCUUUUAUCAAAAUGACUGGUAAUCUGACGGAGGAGGAAGCUGUUUUGAGCAGAACAAUGAUGUCGUACUGGGCUAACUUUGCAAGAAAUGGAUACCCAAACGGGGAUGGACUGGUGUUUUGGCCACUCUAUGACCAUGAAGAAAGGUAUAUGCAGCUAAAUCUGAAGCAGGAGCCUGGCACAAAACUAAAAGAACAUCGGAUGAAAUUCUGGUUCGACAGUCUGCCAGAAAAAAUCCAGGAAAUGAAAGCCCAAAGGGGAACCGAAGGCCCUGAAGGAGAGGAGAAUAUCAACCAUUCAGACCUCUAACGACCAGUGUCUUCAUAUGAAAGAUAUCUUCAUUUUUAUAAAAAGCAAAUCUUCCAGGAGUAGUGAUAUUGAAGUCUGUGUGAUCAGAAAACAUAACUCAAUAAUCUUUAAAUUCUGACGGUGCAUGCUCUAUUCUUGCUGAACUGAGAGGAUAAAGUCACGUGGGAAAUUCUGUUAAAUCAUCUUGUGUACUCCUGUGAAUUAAUUUUAAAAGGAUUUAUGAAGUACAACUUAUUAAAAAUGAAACUAAA